UCCGAAGUUGACCGUUCUCAACGACAAUGAGCGGCUUUCGCGACAGCGCCACAGGCAGUCAGCCCUACAAGGACCCAACACCACUCCCGGACUCUGUUCCGCGCACCCAGGAGCUCGGCGUAACCAGUGCCCCGCUGAAGUCCGCUGCAUUUUUCAUUGGCGCUUACUGCAAAGAGUAUAAUGAGGAUUUUAUGCUUUGCAAAAACGAGGGCCGGGGAGACCCAGGACAAUGUCUGAAGGAGGGCAGGCGUGUUACGCGCUGUGCAACCGACUUGAUUAACAAGAUGCGGGAAAACUGCCUUGAGCAGUUUGACGCGCACUGGAACUGCCUGGAGUUGAACAAUCAGGAAUAUUAUGCAUGUAGAAAACCCGAGCGCACCUUGAACAAGUGCAUGUUUGAAAAGCUCGGUCUGACCAAGACGAUACCUGGCACUCCAGUAGGGAAGAAGCAGAUACAUGAGGUAGAGAAACCGAUAUAUACCACAGUGCAGCGGUGAGGGCUCUUCCGGCAUUUAUUAGACUACCUGCGGAGCCCUGGGUUGAUUGUCCGUGCUGUUAUGGAUCAACGGUGCUUCCUUUCCUCGGAAUUUUUGCGCAAGAAGCUUUUGAGAGACAAUCCUCAGUAAAAUCAUGAAAGUGCCAGCUCGUGACCACCUGUUGUAAAUAUACGAGUUUGAUUAUUGAGAGAUGUA